ACACACCUGUGGACGCGGGCUGGGCGCGGAAGCUCAAAAUGUGGGGGUUCAUCUCGUACCUGAACAGCCCCGAGCUGGUGGCCAGCUUCCAGCGGUGCUGCGGCCUGGUUCCGAGAGAGACGUGCUCGUAUGGUAGUCGAAACGGACUCGUACACUCGAAUGGAUCCGGUAAGGACGUUCCGGUCACGAUCCACCGGCGCAAAGCGGAGCAGGUGGCGAACGGGACGUCACGCGCACACGACAGUAACUCCAACUAUAAAUCCGCCAGUUCACAGUAUGAAACCAAAGGCGAAGAGCAUCCCGGGCCUCAUUAUGAGGUGAGGAACUGGCUCUUUUACUUCCUGUUUUUGACAUCGGCCACUCUGGGGCAUGAGGUCUUUUACAUCACCUUCCUGCCCUGCAUCCACUGGAACCUUGACCCGUUUCUGUGCAGGCGGCUCGUCAAUGUGUGGGCUGUGGUAAUGUAUAUUGGGCAAGUGAUGAAGGAUAUUUUAAAGCUGCCGCGUCCUCCAUCUCCCCCUGUGGUCAAACUGGAAACGCGUGUGGACGCAGAGUACGGGAUGCCAUCCACACACGCCAUGGCAGCGACGGCCAUCUCAUUUACGCUGCUUCUCAGCGCUCAGGAGAGAGUGAAGUUCCCAUUUGAACUGGGACUGAUUGUGGCCGUGGUUCUGUCUGCGCUGGUGUGUCUGAGUCGUCUUUAUACCGGCAUGCACUCUGCUCUGGAUGUAAUCUGUGGCGUUGUAAUUUCAGCUGUCAUCAUGGCUGUGUCGUACCCAUACUGGGGAACCAUUGACUACCUGCAGCUGCACAAUCCUCUCUCCCCCGUGGUGGGGGUGGUUCUGCCCCUCUUCCUGUCUUAUAAGUACCCCGAGCUGGACCAUUACAGCACCACACGGGGGGACACCACUGUUAUUUUAGCAUGCUGUUCGGGAUGUUCAGUUGGAUACUGGGUGAAUGAGCGAUUGGGCUUGACCUUUGACCUAGCCGGGCCUUUUCCAGUGACCCUACCACCGUUGACCCUCGUAGCCUUGGGUCUCGGUGUGGUGCGGUUCCUGGUCGGGUUAGGGAUGCUGGUCCUGACCCGGCAGACGGUGCGCUGGGCGAGUCUGCGGGUACUCUGUCGAAUUAACGGAGCAUCUGUGAGUGACGUCGAAGCACGCAGAAGGAAAGAGAUCGAGGUGCCGUAUAAGUUCAGCACGUAUGUUGCCAUCGGACUGGUCAACAGUAUCUUAGUGAACAGAGUGUAUGUGAUGAUGGGACUCUGGGAUUUGGGAAAUUCGGUGUAAUUUCACAGUGUUUACAGGGAAGUUUGAACAGAAUCUCGCUCCGUAAUUUAUUCUCAGGGAGAAAUUAACUUUAGUCUUUGUUCAGGAAUGGUUGGCACAUAAAUUCUCACAUUGAACAGUAGUUUGUUAAACCUACUAGCUGCAUUUUGUCAGAUUUUGAAAACCGAAUUACAGUUUGUGGAUGUUUUGUGGCAGAUUCGCUUGAUUUUUAAGGGAAUAUUCUUGGUUAAAUACAAGCUAAAGGAGAACUGUGUAAUUUCUGUGCCACAAAAGUCACCAACUAAAAUUAGAAACGCAUACAAAUAAUUUGAAAAAUGACUAAUGAAUCAUUUCCUUGACUCUCAUCUGCUAUAGAGUGAAAUGAGUUAGACUUUUUGUGUGUGUGUGAAAAUUAGUGUAUUUUUACACUUUUGUGCGCUUUUUUACGCUUCCAGUUGCAUCGUCCCAAAGUCAAUGUUUUUUGUGAACAGGUUUUUGGUUUAAUGUCUGUGUUUACAGAAGAUAUUUUCACAUUUUAUUCUACAACAUAAAAUACAUCAGUAAUAGCCCACUGA